CAUUGCUGGGGAGGCGGAGGCGGAGGAGGAGAGCUGUUACCAAACCUGAAGGGUCUGCUGAAGGGAGCCGCGGUUCGGUGGCAGCCCGGUCCUCGCCUGUGAGUUUAGGGUAUCGCGGAGACAUGUAUCGGCGGCCGCUGCAGUCCGCCGUCAGAGGCUUCAUUAACGGGACAGCGUCCGGAGCCGCCUACCGAAAGGCAUUCGAUCAAGAAGCCUGCUUUGCGAGAGCUUUAGCAGCUUGCCAGCUGGCCAGAGUCUCCUCUUCCAGCUUAACACCAUGUCGGACUCUGCACAUCACCACACAGCUCUGUAAUGUGAAGGAGACGCCCCAGCACACAGAGGAAGAAGUCGGGGCCUUCACAAAGCUCAUUGAGGCCAUGGGCUUCACAGGACCCCUCAAAUACAACAAAUGGAAAAUCAAGAUUGCUGCCCUGCGCAUGUACACGUGCUGUGUAGAGAGAGUCAACUAUGACGAGUUCUUUGACAAGUUCUCCCUCCCUGACACACUCAACUCCUGGUUCCUGGUAGCACAGCUGCAUGUGUGGAUGUGUUUGGUGCGGAUGCGUCAGGAGGGCAGAGCGGGAAAGUACAUGUGCCGUUACAUCGUCCACUCCAUGUGGGAGGAUGUAGAGCAGAGGAGCAAGAUCAUGGGGAUCGAUGCCAUCCAUCGAAAGGAAGCAAUGAAAGCGAUGACGGAGACUUUCUAUGCUGCGAUAUUUGGAUAUGAUGAGGGAAUCCUGUCUGAUGACUGCGUGCUGGCUGCAGCUCUGUGGAGAAACCUGUUCAGUCGCCAGUGUGAAGACCCCAGACAGCUGGAACUCAUGGUGGAAUACGUACGCAAACAGAUGCAGUUCAUUGAUGCUCUGGACGGGGAGGACCUGCUGCUGACGGGGGAGGUGAAGUGGCGCCCCCUGGUGGAGGAGAACGCACAGAGCAUCCUGAAGGUGGUCACACCCACAUAUAACGACACCGGACUGUGAGACGAAGAGACAGACUCCUGUGUCCUCUCAUCCAAAGUCUUCCUCUGAUGUCCUCUUCCCUCACCUGCAUUCACGUCUUUCUGACCUCUGUAAUGUUUGGUUCUUUCUUUCUCCCACCUUUAAUCAUGUGACCUUUUCCCUCCUCUCUCUCUUUACUCUUCUCUCCCCUCCUGUCAUAUAAGGUGGGAUUUUAAAUUUGAGAUCUGUUGCUGUAGCUUUGUCAUCCACUCCUUUAUUUCUCUUUUUUCUCCGGUUGAAUUCCCAGAACUCAGCCUUUUCUCCUCCUCCUCCUCCUUUUCUUCUCCUCUGCGUCAGGUUCAGGAGGAGCAGUAUAACCAGGGUAGAUAGUCAGGUAGUCACAUGUCAGUGCUCGUAUGCCCAUCAGUCCAAAGGCUGGAAACACCGUGCGUCAUCGUCCUCCAUCGUCGUCCUGUCGGUUUUGAGAGCCAGACUGAGAGAACAGGAUUCUCUGUAUUUAUAUUUUUCUCAUAUUUUGCCACGUAUGCCACACUGUUUAUUAUAAAGUAUUUUGUGCACCUCUGUGUUUACACUCUCCUCCUGCAGAGCUGUUAGCUCAGACCUCUGACACUGUUAGCUGACCUGAAAAUACUGGAAACAAAUGAAAGAUUUCAUGUGUUGAUGGACCUUCUCUGUUUGUCAGAGGUGUGUAGUUAAGCAGCUCUGCUCCUGGACAUCAACAGUCUGUAAGUCUCUGACUGGCUCUCACGAUGCUCUCAGACCCGAACAGGAAGCUGAACCCUCACAGACCCAGACGUCUUCACUGUAUUAAAAACAACGCGUUGUUUUUUUUUUGGUUUGUUUUGUUUUUAAAAAGUGAAUUAAUAAAAUGUUCUCUGGAAAA